UCUUCUUGGCCUCGCUCUGAAGAACGUUUGAUGGCGGCUGCCAUCUUCCGUCUGCAAUUUGGACGUAGAACACUAAAUAAUCAUUCUUACGGCACGAUUGGCAGCUGUAGUUAGCUUCGUCCAACACUAAAAUCCUAUACUCCUGUUUACGGAGUUGUGAAUAGUCAUCUGGUGAAUAUUCCACGUGCAUCGGACCUGUGUCACGGCACUUGUGAAGUGGGCUGUGUCAUUUUGGAAGACAUUGAUAUUGUAGAAUUCUAACCCAGCAAGCCAAGAUGCCCGCCGUAAAAGGAGAGGGGAUGAGGGGCUUAGCCGUUUUUAUUUCGGAUAUUAGGAACUGUAAAUCUAAAGAAGCUGAAAUGAAGCGAAUAAACAAGGAACUUGCAAAUAUUAGGAAUAAAUUCAAAGGUGAUAAGCAGUUAGAUGGAUACCAAAAGAAGAAAUACGUUUGCAAGUUACUGUUUAUUUUUCUCCUGGGACACGAUAUCGAUUUUGGUCAUAUGGAAGCCGUAAAUCUGCUCUCAUCCAACAAAUACACGGAGAAACAAAUUGGCUACCUCUUUAUUUCAGUCCUCGUUAGUGCGAACAGCGAGCUAAUCAAGCUAAUUAUCCAGAGCAUCAAGAACGACUUGUCUAGCCGUAAUCCCAUCAAUGUCUGCCUUGCACUGCAGUGUAUAGCAAAUAUCGGCAAUGAAGAAAUGGUUGAUGCAGUUGGCAAAGAAGUUCCUAAGCUGUUAGUUUCUCCAGAUACAAACGACAGUGUCAAACAAUGUGCGGCACUUUGUGUUUUGAAGCUCUUCAGGCUUAAAACAGAUAUCUUGCCUCCCGGAGAGUGGACGUCAAGAAUAGUUCAACUGUUGAAUGACAAGCACUUGGGUGUGGUAACCUCUGCUGCCAGUCUCAUUCAUGGUGUUGUCCACUAUUACGCGGAUGACUACAAGGGAUGUGUUCAGCUGGCAGUCUCCAGGCUUAGCAGGAUUGUGACAUCGUCUUACACUGACCUUCAGGACUACACCUACUAUUUUGUACCGGCACCCUGGCUUUGCGUCAAGCUGCUGAAACUUCUACAGUUGUAUCCUCCCCCAGAUGACCCAGCUAUCCUUGGAAGAUUAAAUGAAUGUCUGGAGACCAUUCUAAACAAGGCCCAGGAACCACCCAAGUCAAAGAAAGUUCAGCAUUCAAAUGCAAGAAAUGCUGUUCUCUUUGAGGCCAUAAAUCAAAUCAUUCACAUGGACAGUGAACAGAGCUUGUUGAUAAGAGGUUGUAACCAGUUGGGUCAAUUUUUGACACACAGGGAAACUAACCUGAGGUAUCUUGCUUUGGAAGGACUUUGCCUGAUGUCCAACUCUGAGUUUUCAGUCGAUGCUGUUAGAAAACAUCAAGAGACUGUUGUCAGUGCACUGAAGACUGAGCGUGAUGUCAGUGUACGUCAAAGAGCUGUUGAUCUGCUCUACGCCAUGUGUGACAAGAACAACGCUGAGGAGAUUGUGUCUGAAAUGUUAACGUACCUUGAAACAGCUGAUUACUCUAUUAAAGAAGAAAUGGUGUUGAAGGUGGCAAUCCUUGCUGAAAAGUUUGCAACAGACUAUUCCUGGUACAUGGACACCAUCCUUACACUGAUCAGGAUUGCUGGAGAUUACGUCAGUGAGGAGGUGUGGUACCGUGUGAUCCAGAUAGUGAUUAACAGAGACGACAUUCAAGGUUAUGCUGCCAAGACAGUGUUUGAGGCUUUACAGUCCCCAUCCUGCCAUGAAAACAUGGUUAAAGUCGGUGGCUACAUCUUGGGAGAGUUUGGAAAUCUCAUCGCUGGAGAUCCAAGAUCAAGCCCAAUGGUUCAAUUUCAGCUGUUACACAGCAAAUUCCCAUUGUGUGCCUCCUCCACGAGAGGCCUUCUGAUGUCAACAUAUGUCAAGUUUAUAAAUCUCUUCCCAGAGAUCAAAGGACACAUCCAAGAGAUUUUGCGAAGUGAUUCAAACCUUAAAAAUUCAGAUGCAGAGAUCCAGCAGAGGGCCUUGGAGUACUUGAAACUUAGUACAGUUGCAUCUCCAGAUGUUUUGGCCACUGUCCUUGAAGAAAUGCCACCAUUCCCAGAACGCGAGUCUUCCAUCUUAGCCAAACUAAAGAAGAAAAAGAAGGAAAAGGCCGGCAUCCUUGACAAGGAAGAGAAGAGUGAACCAGCUGAGAAGCCAACAGCAAAUGGACAGGUUCCUGUGGCUAAUGAGGUUUCUGCUCCUGCUCCUGCUCCAAAUCUUGCUCUACAAGCAGAUCUCUUCAGCACAGAGCCAGCUGCACCCAACCCUGUGACAAACAACUAUGGGGCUCCUGAUACUGGCGGGGGACUGCUAGUGGACGUGUUUGAGAUGCCGGCGACACCCAUAGCAGGAAGUGCUCCAUCAGUCACGCCUGGUGCAGAGGAGAAUAUUAAGAAAUUUGUGUGUAAAAACACUGGUGUGCUCUUUGAAACUGACAUCCUUCAAGUUGGGAUAAAAUCAGAAUUCAAAGAGGGCAAGGGCACUCUUGGUAUCUUCUACGGCAACAAGACGUCAUCUCAGUUUGUUGCAUUCACUACCACUCUUCACAUGCCAGGAGAUCUGAAUACUCGUCUCAGAGUUGAAUCCAAUCCUCCCCCGAAUGUUGUGGAGGGCGGAGCCCAGGUGAAACAGAAUGUCAAUGUAGAAUGUAUCCAGGAUUUCAAGGAUCGUCCAGUUAUAGAUCUUCAAUUCAGUGUGAACGGCAUGAGUCAAAGGAUUGCUCUUCCGCUGCCUCUGUUUGUUUCCAAGUUCUUCUCGCCAACAGAAAUGAACUCACAAGACUUCUUUUCGAGAUGGAAACAGUUGGGAAAUCCCGAUCAAGAAUGUCAGCAGAUUUUUAAGGCUAAUUUUCCGAUUGACACCGAGACGAUAAAGGCAAAGCUUGUUGGGUUUGGAACGUCCUUACUUCAGAAUGUAGACCCGAAUCCUGAAAACUUUGUCUGUGCCGGUAUAAUUAAGGCGGGGACGUUACAGAUUGGAACACUGCUUCGACUAGAACCGAACAGACAAGCACAGAUGUUUAGACUGACAAUUCGUAGUUCAAGACCUCAUGUUGCGGCGACCCUUGCUGAAAUUUUGGUAGACCAGUUUUAAACCUGUUCCCAGAUGCUGACGCUUGCUGAAGGAGGCUUUGCAAAAGACCCUGCAUGCGAAAUAAACCAGUUAUUUUAUCAAACAUCACCCAGUGAAGAACAUUUCCUGUCAUAGCCUUUUCCGUAUAGUUUUGCCAUGCCUUUGAAUGCGCUGUAUAAAAUUGGUGUUAGUGUAGGAGUAAGCUUUUAUCUUGACUUCAAUAUGUUUACUUUGGCUUUUAAGUUUGCUUAACUCUAUAAUUGCUUUAUAAAAACUCGUGCAACGCUCUCCAACGCGGGAAAUCGUGACUUUCCCGCGCCAGUGGUCACAUGUUUCUAUUGUGAGUUCUGAUUGGUUUUCUGCGCUUUUUCGGCCGCGGUGAGUGGCUUCGGUCGUUUGUACAUCCGGCUCAGUGAUAGAUUCAAAACAACAGGGUAUAGCCAUUUAGCCACGGUUCUCUAUGAGAGCCUGGUGGCUAAAUGGCUAAAUAGUUAAAUUGCUUUCUUUCUUGAACACCCAAAAGAAACUAUUUAAAGAUGCGGGCAGACGUUGCUAUGCAACACGACUCGUGUACAGGUCGCAGUGCUCGCGCGAUCGUUUAACUGGAGAAUGGAGUCAGAAACUAUUCAAGUGAUUCAAAGCUUCAAUGAAGAUUUGCCAUAAACGACAGUCAUUUUCCUUUUUUAAUAUGACCUUGCACGAAGCAACGAGCUAGGGGCAAUAUUCUUCCAUUUUGACAUACCAUGCUGUUCUAGAAAGCGGAAGUCUCUAAGAAUUCUGCCACUUGACUGGAACUUUCGCGUUGAAAUUAAACUUCUGUAGAAAGUGUGCAGUUGCAACUUCAUGGUGGGGCUAAACGGACCGGAGUUUUGGUGGAAUUCCCCAGUAAACUGAACCUUUUCGUUUCGGCCAAACACAAUAUUAAUUUCCUUCGCUGGAAUCCGCAACAGAUAUCAGUAAUAUUUUCUUUUUAUAUGUUGUAGACUUAACAUUUUCAAUUCAUUGUAGAACUGAACUGGAGGUAAAAUUGUCAUUGACAGAAGACGCAGUGUUCUUGAUACGCUUGUGGCCUGUAGGAAUGUGAUGUACGUAGAAUUUAAUUGAAUAUUUUGAUCGCAAAAGCUAUCCUUUUAGUCAAAGUGACUUGUGUUUGUUGAAAUAAUACAGUUUUAAAGUAAACAUGAAGUAUAUACGUAUGAUGGGAUUAUGUCAAGUAAUCCGAAGUUGUGAUAAAUGUGGUAUUUUAAUCUAUCAAUGAUAGUUAACGAGCGCAAGCUUGUUAUGGCCUGCCUGUAUACACUUAGGAAUUUUAUAUAAAAAAAGAAAGAAACAACAACAUGAAACAUGUAACAAACUUAAGUACUAGGCAUGUAGGUGCCCAGAAUCGCCUGAUGCAAAAUAAAAAUAUUAAAAUGGCUCA